AUGUCCUCACAGCGCGCCUACACCUUCCGCACUCCAUCCGAAGCUCACUGGGCCCAGCGCAUCUCCGGUGGGGCUACUGUGGCGCGCUUAUCUCAGGAGGGCUUCAAAACCACAGCGAGGGAAGGAGAUGGAUAUGCAACUACACCCCAGGAAGCAUCAAUUCUUGGUCACCUAGACGUUGUUGAAACUUUGCUCGACAAUUAUGCGAACCCCAACAUCUAUAGUGGGAAAAUCGGGGAGCAGAUUGGGACAGCUCUCCAAGCAGCGUGUGCAGUAGGGCAUCACGAUAUUGUUCUGUUGCUUCUAAGGUAUAAUGCAGAUGCUUAUAUCCAGGCCGGUCGUCAUGGGACAGCCAUUCACAUAGCUUCCACAAAAGGCCGCGACGAUAUUGUCUAA